CAAACAGGGUCCUACGCUUGAGAGAAUCUUAUGAGCGAUAAUUCGGCUCAGGUGAAACAAUUUUUGCAGGAGAAUUAAAUGUUUUAAAUAAAUAUGAAGAGGAUACUUUGUUGUGUUUUAUUCGCCAUAACAUUUAUUGUUAUUUUAGAAAUAGUAUACGCUAAAAGGGCUGACAAUAAUCCUAUCAAAUGUUACCAGUGUAAUUCAUUUUACGACAAAGGAUGUUCAGACUUUUUUGACAAUAUGACCUAUCCUCUAAGGGCUUGUCCUAUGAAUGCAACGAUGUGUAGGAAAAUUAUCCAAGAAACUUAUUUCGAGGGUCGCUGGGACAUUAGGUACAUCCGGCAAUGCGCCCUACUAGGUGAAGUUGGCACCGACGAGGGUAGAUGGUGUAAGGAAAGAGUUGGAACGUUUAGAGUCAAGGUUAAGUAUUGUCAUUGCGAUAAUAAAGAUGGAUGUAAUGAAGCUUCCAGGAUGAAUUAUAAUAUUUCAAUGCUAGGAAUAUCCUUGUUAUUAAUUAUGAUAUUGACUAGAUUGUUACGUUAA